AUGCGUUUCUCAUUCGCCAUCUUCACCCUCCUCGGCCUGGCCGCUGCCCUGCCCACCAUGGAGCCCUCCAACGCAGCCCUCGAGGUCCGCCACCACCAGGGCGUCACCACCGGCUCAACCACCGCCACUGCCGCCACGGCCGCCACCAACGGCACCACCACGGCCGCCACCAAGGCCGGCAAGCACCACAAGGACAAGGCCGCCAAGAACGCCGCCAACAAGCGCUCCGUCGACCUCCUGGACGCCGAGCUCCUCGAGGCCCGCCACCACCAGGGCGUCACCACCACCAACACCAACACCAACUGCGCCAACGCCCGCUCCCUCGUCGAGGAGCUGCAGAAGCGCCACCACCAGGGCGCCACCACCGGCGGCAAGACCGCCGAGGAGAAGAAGAAGGCGGCCGCGGCUGCGGCUGCUGCUCAGGCUGCUGCUGCGGCUGCUUGCACUACCACCUAA